AUGACUUCCCUCAGAGGGAAAGUUGAUAAAACAGUUCACACAGGGCAGCUAGAGAUAGGUUUGCGUCUUGAUGGUAGAAAUUACAAUAAUCCUACAGUUCCAGAGAUAGCUGCACUAAUUCCUGGUGACUUUGUGAAGAAAAUGCCAGAACGUGAUAUCAUUUAUCCAUUGAUUCAUGUUUUUGGGGAAGAUGAUUUUAGACCCGGUAUAGAGAAAGGAUACAGACGCAAAACGAAAACAAAGAAGGUCAAGUGCAUUAGUAUGAGACAAUGGUUUGCAUUUCGCAUUCAAGAGAGAGAAGUGGAGUCAAAUUCGCUUUUACUAUCUAGGAGGUUGUUUCAGCUGUAUGUUGUAGAUGCCUUCACGGCAAUAGAGUCUAACCGUUUGAAAAAUAUACAGCUGAAUCAGUCUAAGCUAUGGUGUGAGAAUUACAGCUCUAUUAUAGAAGCUAAAGAAUCAGGGGAAAACAAAAUGGGGGAACAAGGCAAUCCUAUCUCAAUACAUUCUUCAUUCACUGGUGGACCAUGA